CUGCCGCCGCUUUUUUUCCCCUUUCCUCGCGAACGGCGUCGCGCGCCCUGCACGAGCCCUGGUCUCCGCACGGAUCGUCUUUCCGUACCGACCGCGCGCCGCAGCCUCCGCGACGGCGAGGCGGAUCCCGUCGGUGAGCGGCGGUGUGACCGAGCCAGCGAGCAGCCACAUCAGCCACAGCCAGGCCACAGCAACGUGAUUCGAUUCCCCGACCCGUCCCAACAACUUGAUGCACCAGCAUGAGUGAUUAUUCAGCGGUCGCGCCGCCCCAGAACUUCAGCCAGAGCACCGCGUUCGCGGCGGCACUCCAACGCGCCAAGCAGAUUGCCGCAAAGAUAAAUCCUGGUGGCACUCAGAAUAAUCAAGAUGCGAAGUUGAAACGUCCCCUCGAGGAUAGUUCAGAGCCUGAGGCAAAGAAAAUGGCAUCGUUAGUGGUAGAUCCUUUAAUAGGCAUUCGCGGGGGACCUGCGGGCAAUUCGCUUGGGGACGCAGGUGGUCAGGGAGCUAGGCCGCAAGUUUCUUCCAAUUUAGGUGGUAUAUGCAACGAGGACAUCAGAGUACCAGACAAAAUGGUCGGUUUAAUAAUUGGCAGAGGUGGAGAACAGAUAACAAGAUUGCAAAGCGAAACGGGAUGUAAGAUUCAAAUGGCACCGGAAAGCGGUGGGCUGCCUGAGCGUGUUUGCACGCUAACUGGUUCACGAGAAGCUGUCAAUCGAGCGAAGGAGCUUGUGUUGUCAAUAGUGAAUCAAAGAAGCAGAAGCGAGGGAAUCGGUGAAAUGAAUAUGAGUGGCAGCAGUGGCGGGAUGAUGGGACAUCCAGGAUUUGUUGAGAUAAUGAUUCCAGGUCCUAAAGUUGGCCUGAUAAUCGGCAAAGGGGGAGAAACCAUAAAGCAACUUCAAGAGAAGUCCGGAGCUAAGAUGGUUGUUAUUCAGGAAGGGCCAUCUCAGGAACAAGAAAAGCCUUUAAGAAUAACAGGGGAUCCGCAGAAAGUUGAAUAUGCGAAGCAAUUAGUCUAUGAAUUAAUAGCUGAAAAAGAAAUGCAAAUGUUUCAUAGAGGAGGAGGAGGAAGAGGAGGAGGAGGAGGAGGCGGCGGCGGCGGCGGCGGCGGCGGCGGUGCCGAUAGAACACCGAAUUAUUCUAAUGAUAGUGGUUUUAAUCACGGUCCUGCAAAUAACGAUGGAGUAGAGGUACUCGUCCCGAGAGCCGCAGUUGGUGUCGUUAUUGGUAAAGGCGGAGACAUGAUAAAAAAGAUACAGGCGGAAAGCGGAGCUAAAGUUCAGUUCCAACAGGGAAGAGAAGAUGGCCCUGGCGAUAGAAAAUGUCUAUUGUCAGGGAAGCAUCAGGCUGUUGAACAAGCUCGUCAAAGAAUUCAGGAACUGAUUGAUAGUGUCAUGAGGAGAGAUGACGGUAGAAAUAAUAUGGGAGGCAGAGGUGGUCCGAGGGGCAAUGGUUUUGGAGGCAAUCGCAAUCCAAAUGAGUAUGGGAGUUGGGAUAGACGACAGGGUGGUCCUAUGCAAGAUAAGAUUGAAACAACAUUUACCGUUCCUUCUUCCAAAUGCGGCAUUAUAAUUGGCAAAGGUGGUGAAACUAUCAAGCAGAUCAAUCAACAGACCGGAGCGCAUUGUGAACUAGAUAGAAGGAAUCAAAGUAAUGAGAAUGAAAAGAUUUUCAUUAUUCGAGGUAAUCCCGAACAAGUUGAGCACGCAAAGAGAAUAUUUAGCGAAAAACUUGGCAUGGGUCCAGCUGGCUCUUCGUAUGCCGGUGCACCAGGAGCAGUUGGAUACAAUCCAAAUUGGAAUGCAGGGUAUCAAGCAUGGCCGAAUCAGCCACAGUCUAAUGACGGAAGCAAUGCUAAUCAAGCUCCUGUACAAGUCAAUCCACAGACUGGCCAGCCGGACUAUAGCGCUCAAUGGGCCGAGUACUAUCGGUCGCUAGGCAUGCACAGAGAAGCAGACAUGAUCGAGCAACAAGCGAAACAAGGAAAGCAAGAUCAUAAUCCGCCAGGAGGUAAUUCGCAAAACCAGUCUAAUCCAGCGACAACCGGUUCGGCUGGGCCAAAUCAGCAGCAGCAGCAACAGACGCAGCAACAACAGCAGGCAGGCGCUGCGCAAAAUGGCGGUCAAGCCGAUUAUAGCGUUCAAUGGGCAGAAUAUUACAGAAGCAUCGGUAAAAUAAAGGAAGCGGAAGCGAUCGAAGCUCAAAUGAAAGCGGGCAAGCUCGGGAUGCAAGGCAAUCAAAUGACCCAACAGCAAAUGCAAACUCUUCAGGGACAAUCGGCUGGUCCACCAGGUACCACGCCUAAUGCGUUCCCUCAAGCUUAUGGAAAUUAUCCAACGAUGAAUGCUGGCUCCGCACCAGCUGGUUAUUACGCAGCGAAUGCUGGAUCUAAUUCUCAACCACAGACGGGGCAGCAAAACCCUUCUUUCCCAACAGGAUAUCAGAAUUACCCUUACUCACAGUCCACUUCUGAGAAUUAAACUUCCAUUUGAGAGAAAGGCAAGCUAUAUUUGGAGCAGCCACUUAGAGAGGUUUACCCGUCCUACGAUAUAUCGUGACAUGGAACAUCUACAGUUUAAAAUGUUUCAUUCAGCAUUAAUCUACAUGUACGCAAAGGAAUCAGGACCUGCGAACCGGAGAUUAGUCGGACGGGAUAUAUAACUUACAAUGUGGAAUAUAAUUUACUAACAUACUAAAUAUUGCUUACAAUUAGCCAGUAUUACAUGCUUUUAUACGAUACAUAACAAAACAUAUUGGCUUUUCAUUUCCGAGUAAUUAAGUAUUAAAAGACUUCACUAGUCAUAUGUAAAAAUGUUCAAAUUUUUAUAUAUCUUUUUAUUACACGUUUCAAUUAAUUUAUAUAAAUGGAUACGCAGAAUCAAAGGUGGGAAGCUCUUUUUUUAUCGCAGUUACAAAUUCUUCGGUAUACUUGCAUAUCAGCAAAAAUUGUAUUGAGCUAUGUUUCUUUUCGUAUAAUUUCUAGUUUUCAUAUUAAAUGGGAUAAAAUUACAAUCAACACGAUCUUGAUUAUAACUUUAAUUCCAUUAUGUAUACUAUACAUAUCGAUGUGCUUCCCUUUUGAUGUAAUCAUGAUACUUUUCAAUUUCGUCUUUAAUAUUUCUUACCUACAGUGUGCAACUUCUAAAACAUUCUGUAUAAAACAAUGCAUUAACUACGGAAUAAGGAGAGAUAAAAUUGGAAAUACCUAACAUCUAAUAAUCUUUCUAGAUAUAUGUUGUAUUUAUAAAGUAAGGUGUAAGCUUUCAUAUAUUCUACAUGUAUAUCUACAUGCUUAUUCUUCGAUGAAAAGGGAAGUUAACGUAUCUUAGUUUUGUUAUAGUAAGUUUACUCCGUUACGAUCGAAAGCUGGGUAGGAAUGACAAAACUAUAAAUUAAUAUUUUGUCAAACCGCUUAGUACAUUUAAAAUUCCAGAGCGUUAAAAGCUAAUUAUAUUUAGCUACAGUUUAGUUAUAAUUAGUCACUUUUUUUAUAUAAAGUUAUAUCAAUAUUAUACUUACAUUAAUACAAUUAUGUCAGGAAACACGCAUAACUUCUGAAAAAUAUUUUUAAGACAUUUCCAUCGUUCCUCAAAAUAAAUAGAAAAUUAUUUCAAAAUUGCUAUAAAUUUAUGUUUGGCUUUGUUACUUAUGUGUUUGAUGUAACAGAAAAUAUGUAUCUAAACAUGUAACAAUACAUUUUUUAUGUUACUA